GUUGGCCUGAGGGCGCUUGCUCCGAAAUGAACAUAUGUAUUUUGUGAGAUUCGAAAAUCUCUUUUGCAAGAAACAUGUUAAUACAUACUCAUCUCACUGCAGAAAAAUAUCAUACUUCAUGAACUAGUUUAAAGGCAAAAAUACGGUAUUGUUGUCGCCUUGACAAUUAUAGUGGAGAACUGAAACAGGAAGUGAUUCUGGAGGCAAACAGAGGAUCAGAUAUGUCAUCUGAACAAUAUGAGAAACUCCAUGAGCUCUACAAUGAGCUAUAUGCCAACCUUCAAAAAAUACAGCAGAGACUGCAGAGCAGCUAUGGAGAGGAAAAGAAAAAGCUGCUUAGAGAAUUCGGUGAAAAGCAGAAGGAAGCAAAUGAAAUGCUGAGUGAGAUGGAAAAUGAAUUAAAAUCUGCUCCACCAAGUUUUCGUCAUCAAACAACGAGCAAAUUGAGAGCCUACAAGAGAGAUCUGGUUAAACUUCAGAUGGAAGCAAAUUAUAAUGCACUUGAACUUGGCCCUAAAGAAAGAGAAACCUACAAUGUGAAAAAUGAGCAUAGUACACACUUGGCAUCCCAAAGGUCACUGCUUCUUCAAGGCACUGAAAGCUUAAACAGAGCAACAGACAGCAUUGCUAGAUCGCAUCGUAUAGCAGCUGAAACUGAUGCCAUUGGCACCGAUAUUAUAGAGGAGCUAGGAGAGCAAAGAGAAAAGUUGGAUAGGACCAAAGGACGGUUGGUGGGCACAAGUGAGAAUCUUAGUAAAAGCCGAAAAAUCCUGCGGUCCAUGUCGCGGAAAAUUGUGACAAACAAGCUUCUGCUGUCGAUCAUAAUUAUUCUUGAACUUGCAAUCCUUGGUGGCUUAAUCUACUACAAAUUCUUCAGCAAACGCUGAGCUUUUUGAUCUUCUGCAACAGCUCAUCUUUAUUUUAGUAACGAAUGUCACCUGGCACACUACGUUCUGUUGCAGCACUGUUCAGAGGUGAAGAGGAUCUACAUUUGAGCCAUUGACUUCAAAAGCUGCUAAGCCAUGUUAUUGGUCACUUUAGUACUUUUUUUUUUUUUCUUGUUUUUUUACUUUCCUUAUAACUUGUUCUGUACUGAUUUUGAUUUGAAUAAUUUUUUCUGGAUCAUGACCACAACGAUUGUUUGCGAAUGGCACGGAAUCUUCUGAUGCGGAGCAUUCUCAUUAUAUGUAUACUGAUAUAUGAUGUGAUCAAAUUUGUCUUGGAUUCAUUUAUACUGUAUAUAAAACAGAAUUAUUAUGAUCAA